CCCUCUCCACGCCCCGGCCCGGCGCCCUCCCUCCCCCGGCGCCCGCCAGCUCCCGGAGCGACAGCCCUCCACCCGCCCCUGCUUCUCGCCGGGUCUGUGCCGGCUCCGCGACCCCCGCGGCGCUCGCUCGCUCUCGCUCCCCCGCGCCAGCUGCGGAGGGAGCUGAUCUGCCCGCAGCUGGCGCAGCGCGGAGGCGGCGGCGGGUGGGCGGGUGCCCGGGCGCGGAGCAUGAGCCGCCGGCGCCGGCCGCGCGCUGCUCCGGGCCCGAUUGCGGCGCGAGGGUGGCGCGGGAGCUCCGCUGGCCCGGACCCAGGAAGCUAUGCCCCAGACGGCCAUCAUCUGCUCCAGCGUACUUGGGCCCAGCUGUAGUGGUCAGGUGCCGCCGGGCAUGGGGGAGCGAGGAGGUGGGGCCGGCGGCUCCGGGGACCUCAUCUUCCAGGAUGGCCGCCUCAUCUCCGGGUCCCUGGAGGCCUUGAUGGAGCACCUGGUCCCCACAGUGGACUAUUACCCUGAUAGAACAUACAUCUUCACGUUUCUCUUGAGCUCCCGGGUCUUCAUGCCCCCUCAUGACCUGCUGGCCCGUGUGGGGCAGAUCUACCUGGAGCAGAGGCAGCAGCUGGAGGCCGGGUCUGAGAAGGCCAUGCUGAAGUCCUUCUCAGCCAAGAUUGUGCAGCUGCUAAAGGAGUGGACAGAGGCCUUCCCCUGUGACUUCCAGGACGAGAAGGCCAUGGCUGAACUGAAGGCCAUCACCCACCGGAUCAUGCAGUGUGAUGAGGAGACCGGCCCGGUGAGGAAGGCCACUGCCCAGCUGACACAGAGCCUGCUGCUGUCCCUGGCCGCCCGGAGCCAGCUGCAGGAGCUGCGGGAGAAGCUCCGCGCGCCGGCUGUGGACAAAGGGCCCAUCCUCAAGGCCAAGCCCCCGGCCUCUCAGAAGGACAUCCUGGGCGUGUGCUGUGACCCCCUGGUGCUGGCCCAGCAGCUGACUCACAUUGAGCUGGAGAGGGUCAGCAGCAUCCACCCCCAGGACCUGAUGCAGAUCGUCAGCCACACGGACUCUCGGGACAAGCACAGGUGCCGAGGGGAUCCGACCAAGACCUACAGCCUGGAGGCCUACGACAACUGGUUCAACUGCCUCAGCAUGCUGGUGGCCACCGAGGUGUGCCGGGUGGUGAAGAAGAAGCAGCGGACCCGCAUGCUGGAGUUCUUCAUCGACGUGGCCCGGGAGUGCUUCAACAUCGGGAACUUCAACUCCAUGAUGGCCAUCAUCUCUGGCAUGAACCUCAGUCCUGUGGCUCGGCUGAAGAAAACAUGGUCCAAAGUUAAGACGGCCAAGUUCGAUGUCUUGGAGCACCACAUGGAUCCUUCCAGCAACUUCUGCAACUACCGCACGGCCCUCCAGGGGGCCACACAGAGGUCCCAGAUGGCCAACAGCAGCCGAGAGAAGAUUGUGAUUCCUGUGUUCAACCUUUUCGUCAAGGACAUCUACUUCCUGCACAAAAUCCACACCAACCACCUGCCCAAUGGGCACAUCAACUUCAAGAAAUUUUGGGAGAUCUCCAGACAGAUCCACGAGUUCAUGACCUGGACGCGGGUGGAGUGUCCCUUUGAAAAGGACAAGAAGAUUCAGAACUACCUGCUUACGGCGCCCAUCUACAGCGAGGAAGCACUCUUCAUCGCCUCCUUCGAAAGCGAAGGGCCCGAGAACCACAUGGAGAAGGACAGCUGGAAGACCCUGAGGACCACUCUCCUCAACAGAGCCUGAAGCGUGGGUGCGGCCUGUGACCGAGGACGCGCGCGUGAACCGAGCUUUAACCUUGACCUGGGUGGAGAUGGGGCGGCCUCACUGGUUGGGGCCCAUUUUGUAUAUAACUUUUAUGGAAAAAAUGGUAAUUAUUUCAUGCAUCAACCUUUGGCGCAAAGUGUUUUUGUUCCUUUUAAAUAACAGGGCAGCGCCCUGGUUCAGGGAGGGGUGGGGAAGGAGUAUCAUGGGAGAUGGCAUCCAUGAUAACAUCUUGGCCUAAUGAAGCGUAGAUUUUUAUUUUCUACUUUUGAUUAUAUUCACCGAAUGAGAAAAUAUUUUAAAAAACCCAACCAAAACCAAUGUGAGCCCUGCCUGCUUGGACGCCCUUCCAGCCAGUGUCUCGGAUGUCAGGGCUGGUGCCUUAGAGGGUCCCAGAGGGCGGCCCGCUCUGCUCAGGCCGCAGCGCCCGCGGCCGGCGGCGCCUGCCCGCAAAGCCUGGGCCCACGAAGCCAGGGCCGCAGCUUCCAGGUUCCCACAAGGCCUUGGGAGGCCAGGAGGUCUCGUUCGCAUACUUCUGGAAGCAAACC